AUGAUGUCAUAUGUAGCUUCGAUCCAUGUGUCAGCCGAAGGCGUUGCCACUUGCCAGUCCCUGGGGUCGAAGUAUCGCACUCCUCGUUUCAACCUUUAUCGCCAUGUUCACGGGGAUAUGCAGCCGCGUCCGUUGUUUAUCUCGUUGAUUCGCAUGCAUCACAUCUCCAAUCCUUCCAAGUUUCGGAGGCUAAAGCGGUUUGCCGUUCAGGCCAAGGUGUCUGGUCUAGCGAAAACAGGCAAGCCAGGCGUCGCCAUAUUCGAUGGUGACAAGGAGUCCAUCAAGGCUUUCCUCGAGAAUGCUCGAGGGUUGAGAUACGUCGACUUCCAUCAUGUUACCACGAAACUUGUAGUGAACGGCAUUGAAAAACGCGUCGCGGAUGGGCAAAUCGGCUUGCAGGAGGUGCAGGACAUGAAUAAACUCGUGAAUUUGUUGGACGGCAUCGGAGAAAAAGAAUGGUUUAGGACGGAGAUGGGAAUGUCCAGAGGAUGA